AUGGCUCUGCUGGGGCUGCUCGUCCUGCUGGGCCUGGCCGGGCCCGCGGGGGGCACCUGGGACACCUGCAGAGGCACCUGCGGGCUCCGGCCCUUGGCCUUCGACCACAGCUCGCUGGUUCCUGACUACGACCCCUCAGACAGUGACUAUGGAACCUUGGGGUCUUCCGAUGGCAUUUCCCUCGUUGAGAGCGGCCCCGGUGCCCCUUCAGGGACCUGGCCCGGCAUCGUCAGCAUCCAGGCCACGCUGGAGAACGGCACGUGGCACAUGUGCUCGGGGGCCCUCAUCCACCCCCAGUGGGUCCUCACGGUGGCCCACUGCUUCUUCAGGCCUGGGGAUACCUCCACGUGGAGGGUGCUGAUCGGAGCCACGGUUCUCACCCAGCCGGGCCCCGAGGCCAAGCGGCGCCGCAUCAAGAGGGUCCUGAUGCACCAGGACUACGACGACGACUCGCAGAGGAACAACAUCGCCCUGCUGGAGCUGGCGCAGCCCGUGGAGUGCAGCGACUACAUCCAGCUGGCCUGUGUGCCCGACAGCUCCCUGGCAGUGCCCGAGCUGAAAACCUGCUACAUCGCGGGCUGGAGAGCCGCCCCGGGCAGCGCUCCCGGCCCGCGCCUGGCGCUGCAGGAGGCCAAGGUCCGGCUGAUGGACGCCCAGCUGUGCAACAGCAGCCGCUGGUACGGGGGGGCCCUGCACCCCCAGGACCUGUGCGCGGGGUACCCGCGGGGCGGCAUCGACACCUGCCAGGGGGACAGCGGGGGUCCCCUGGUCUGCAAGGACAACGUCGGUGACUACUUCUGGCUCGUGGGAUUGGCCAGCUGGGGCAGAGGCUGUGCCGGAGAGAAACGACCCGGAGUCUUCACCUCCACCCAGCACUUCCAUGGAUGGAUCCAGGUCCAGAUGGGAUUGCUCCCACCGGAAACAGAGGCUCCGCCAGCAGAGCCAGCCCCAACACCGGCCAUCAACGAGGAGCCAGACGACCUGGCACCAGAACCAGAACCGGAGCCUGAACCCAAACCAGAACCGGUACGGAUACCGGUACCGAUCCCGGAACCAGAACCGAUCCCGGAAUCAGAACCAGAACCGGAACCGGACACGUUUAUAACAAUCUCCUUCCCAAGAGUCAUCCUGCAGAGAUUCUUUGGGAAUCUGCAGGAGUUCCUGGAGUUCCUAAGGGACAAAAUGGAUUGAGCAGAGGGGCGGAGCAGGUCCAGGUCUGGCUGCAGAGGGUCACAACCAUUCCCUGCUGGGGCCGUGGCUGUGGUGCCAAAGGCAGUCCCGGUGCCCGGCGCUGCCGUGUCCUGCUCCUGCCCUGAGCCCACCCCGGCGGUGAAUUCAGUUUGUUCUUGAAAUAGAGUUCUUCCUGUCCCCAAUUACCCGCGUUUUCAGCCCAGCUCUGUGCGCAGCAAGGCCGGGAUAACCCGAGACC